AUGUCGACCGAUGCUCCAAACUCCAACACUGCCGCCAAAAAACCGCCAGCUCUCGUUUUGCCCACAAUUUCGGUAAGGAUUACUGCAAGAUUACGGUAGAUUACUGUAGACACCUUUAAGGUUUUAUUAAAACACACAUUACUGUAGAAGAGUCUCAGAGUACUGUACUUUUGACAAAUUUUGUUUUUUUUCUAAAAAAAAAUUUUUGUGUUGUCCCUUUAAAUUCCGGACUACUGUAGAAAGCCCCGGGGAGUACUGUAGAUCCCUUUGAAUUCUAGAAAAAAAUUUGUACUUUCAAAUUUUUUUUCUCAAUUCAUGAAAUAAAUCAGUUCCGGUCGGAAAUAAAUUAUCCUAUCACAAUUUCCGCUGAGAAAAAUUUGUUUUAUGAAACUUUUUUUGCUAUGACGUGGCAAGGGUUUUGGCGCCAAAAAAAACAUCUACAGUACUUUUUUAUGCCUACAGUAAUCUACAGUACUUCUUUGAUCUACAGAUAAUUUUUGGAAAACUUUAAAAAUCAGGUGUUUUUGAAUUCUACAGAAAAACAUUUCGAAACCAAAUUCAAAUCUAUGUACAUACAGUACCCAUUUAACAACUAAAGGCGCCUACAGUAAUCCUACAGUACCCCUCCUCUUCCCAUAAAAAAUCAAAAAAAAUUUUUUUGCAGUGCCCUCUGAUCUGUGAGCAGGGACCAUCGAUGCCGAGCUCGCCGACCGGCAUCACGUUCGAUGGAAAUUUGUUGAGCGCCGAUUUGAUGACCCGAAUUCAUAUGGUGAGGAGCUACAGUAAUCUGCUGGGCCUAGGCCUAGGCCUAAGCCUAAGAAAGCCUGGCCCAAAUUUUCACGUCAUUUUUACAGUAAUCCUCUCCAGGACUACUGUACUUUUGAGCUUUUGAGCCCACGAAAUUCCAAAGUACAAUACUUAGCCUAAGUCUGAGCCUAAGCCUUGGGAAAUUUGCGAACAGUAAUCUACAGUAACCCAAAGCUUGCCUACAGUAAUCUGAGAGGCUAACUACAGUACUCCCUAAGCCUGGACCAAACUCGUCCAGAGAUUUUGCUGCAAUUUUUUUUGAAAUUCUAGAUUUUUGAGUACAGUAAUCCUGUGGUAUAACUAUAGUACUUAGCUAGAUUCUAGCAAACUACAGUACUCCCAGAUUUGCCACGUCAUCAUUUCUCAGCCACCCCCACAAAAAAGAGAAAAAAAACGAAGUGUAUACAUAUAUUCCCCGUUGAAUAAUUUAUUUUCUAGGCUCGCGCUCUCUCAUUUUUUCCAGUGAGCCCACAUUUUUUUCUUGGCGCCAAAAAGGGGGUGGUUUUUUAUGAUCUACCUCUCUAGCUACCGUAUACCUCACAGACUAGACUCUAGUUUAAAAAAAAAUAUAUAUGAAAUCAACAAAAGUGUGAAUAAUUAGUCAUGUGCAAAAAAAAACGUUGUGUGACGUAAAUGGGUUUGAAAAAAGUUUUGAAAAAUAUUUUGGAGCAGAAAAAAAUUGAACUACGGUAAUUUGGACUACUGUAGUUGGGCUACAGUUUUAAAGGAGCAGAAUUACUGUAGAUCUAGAAUUCAACCAAAAAUUCUGGGUUUUAUGGAAUAUACAGUACUCUCUAGCUACAGUAAUCGUGUCAACGUUUUUUUCAACUACAGUACCCCUAAAGACUAGUGAAAAAAUUGAAAUGUUUUAAAGGUACAUACAGUACUCUACAGUAAUUUUUCAAUGAUCUUACAUACAUUCAAAGGGGCAUACAGUACUACAAAAAUAGCAGAAUUUAAAGGAGCAUACAGUACCCCUAAGCUAAAGUAAUAUUUAAAGGUUCAUACCGUAAUCAAGAGUGAUCUAAUUUAAAGGCGCUUACAGUACCAACAUUUUUCAAAAUUCACUAAAAAUCACGGGAUAACCUGGAAAAUCCUGCAAAUUUAAAGGCGCAUACAGUACCCCUUCUUGCAGUUCUCCUCCCAAAUCGACAGUGCUCGAUUAUCCCCCAACUAUGCCACAUCAGAUCUUGGCUCAAGUGCCCGAUCCUCAUUCUCAACAUCAAGUUCGUGGAUGGCAUACCGUGAUCGAAGUGUCGAUUUCGACAAAGAUCUAAUAUCGCCUUUCGAGUGUGACACGGCGUGUUCGGUGUCGCCCAGUUUUUCGUUGUCGCCCAAUUCGAAUCAACAUUUUAGGUGAGGACAAGAAAUUUUUUUUUUGAUUUUUAAUUUUUAGCCUCAAAAGUUCUGAACAAAAAAUUUAAAAAAAUUUUUUUUGUCAAAAAAAUUUUUUAUUUUUUAUUUUUUGCCUGAAAAAUUCUGGGCAAAAAAUAUUUUUUGACAAAAAAAUUUCGAUGUCAAAAAACUAUAAUUUUUUUCCUAUUUUUUGACAUUUUUUUUCCACAAAAAAAUUUUAAAAAAUUAAAAAAAAAUUUUUUUUUGGUCAAAAAUUUUUUUGCACCCCGUUUUGAGCUCCAGAGAUGAAAAAUUCUGAGCCCCAGAGCUGAAAAAAUUGAAAAUUCUGAAUUUUGCUGCCAAGAACACUGAAAAUUCAAAAUUGAAAUUCCAAAUUUCGAGCUCAAAGCUCCAAAUUUUCUCCAAUUUUCAGUUUCGAUGCUCGAAGUGUCUCAUCACUUUCUCACAACUUGCUCCAAGUCGGCGGCGCUUUCGAAUUAUCACGUGAAAGAAGUCGAUCCGAAUCCGAUAUGAUACCAAAAGAUGAACUAUCGCAUUCGAGUUUGAGUGUUCCAUGUUAUGGAAAAAAAUCGACAAUGAUUUUGAACAAAUACAAUCAGGAGAGAAGUAGUAGUACACCACCGCCUACUGUGAGUUUGGGAUGUGUUUUUUUGAAAUCAGCGUGAAAAAUUGACCCGGGAACUUGGAAACCGGAAAUUUCUCGGGAAGAUUUUGAGAUUUUUGAGGUGCCCCCUGGAUUUCCGGACCUGGGGGGGGGGGUCACAAAAUUUUUCCUAGUGGUUCUGGAGGUUCUGGAGGGCGAUUUUCGGAAUCAGCGUGAAAAACUGACCCGGGAACUUGGAAACUGGAAAUUUCUCGGGGGAUUUUGAGGGGCCCCCUGGAUUUCGGGACCUAGGGGGGUCACCAAAUUUUUUCCCGGGAAUUUUCAUGAGUUCGGACCUAAUUUUUCGGAAAUAGCGUGAAAAACUGACCCAGAAACUUGAAAACUGGAAAUUUUCCGAAGAUUCUGUAGUUUUUUAGACAUCCCUGAAUUUCCUAGGGAGGGGGGUCACCAAAAUUUUUCCGAGCGGUUCUGAAGGUUCUGGAGAGCGAUUUUUGAAUUCAGAAGAGAAAAUUGACCCGGGAACUUGGAAACUGGAAAUUUCUCGAGAAGAUUGGGGGGAUUUAUGGGUCCCCCUGGAUUUGCGGACCUGGGGAGGGGGGGGGUCACUAAAUUUUUUCCCGGGAAUUUUCAUGAGUUCGGAUCUGAUUUUUUGGGCUCAGCGUGAAAAACUGACCCGGGAACUUGGAAACUGGGAAUUUCUCGGGGGAUUUUGAGAUUUUUGAGGGGCCCUCUGGAUUUCCUGGGGAGGGGGGUCACCAAAUUUUUCCCGGGAAUUUUCAGAAGUUGAGACCUGCUUUUUUGAAAUCAGCGUGAAAAAUUGACCCGGGAACUUGGAAACUGGAAAUUUCUCGGGGAUUUUGAGAUUUUAGAGGUGCCCCCUGGAUUUCCGGACAUGGGGAGGGGGGUCACAAAAAAUUUUUCUAGACAUUUUCAGAAGUUGCGACCUACUUUUUUGAAAUCAGCGUGAAAAAUUGACCCGGGAACUUGGAAACUGGAAAUUUCUCGGGGAUUUUGAGAUUUUUGAGGGGCCCCCUGGAUUUCCUGGGGAGGGGGGUCACUAAAUUUUUUCCCGGGAAUUUUCAGAAGUUGCGAUCUACAUUUUUAAAAUCAGCGUGAAAUUUUAGCUCGGAAAAAAUGUAUUUUUAAGGGCGCAGGGUGAUUUUUGAGAUAAAGUGGAUCCCAACACGACUUUAUGGUCCCGCAACGAAAAUUUCAAAAGUGCUCCAAAAUAUGUCGAGUUUAUACUCUAACUGACCGAAAUUACAUGGGGAAUCACGUGGUAACCUUGAAAAAGCUGAAAAAUCGCUGUGUGAUGGGUCCCACCACGAAAUAUACCUUGUUUAUACUCUAAAUGAUCCAAAUUUCAAUUGCAGACCUCAGAACGUGACGAAAUCUCAGAACGUCGUGCAACAUCUCGACUCGAAACCAAAGAAGAAGUCGACGCCGCCAAUCUGCUAGUCAAUAAUUGGGCAAAGAAUCAACUGUUCGCGCAGCUCCAACAAUACACAAAUAUGCUCCAAGCUCCCGCCCCACCACCACCAAUUCUCACACCAACCGCAGCAAAAUCGCUGAAAUCGCCGACGCCAAAGAAAAUCGGCGCGGCGGAUGAGUUAGCCUAUACUUGUCAGCUGUGCGGACAAGCAUUUGCAGUUCACGACAGGUUGGCAAAACAUAUCGCAAGUCGACACAGACAACGAAGUUGCACGCUGGAUGACGCCUCCAAGAUUCACAAGUGUGGACAGUGCUCGAAGAGCUUUUCGCGGAGUGAUAUGUUGACACGGCAUAUGAGAUUGCACACGGGGGCGAAGCCGUAUAGCUGCCCAACUUGUGCACAGGUUUUUUCGAGGAGCGAUCAUUUGUCGACGCAUUUGAGGACGCAUACCGGCGAAAAACCGUACGCCUGUCCGCUUUGUAAUUAUUCGGCGGUGAGUUUUUUGGGUCUCACAGCGAUUUUCUAUCGUAACCAAUAUUUUUCUGAGAUUUCCCUUGAAAUUUGAAGCAUUUAGAGUAUAAACAUGAUAUAUUUUGAAGCAUUUUGAAAAUUUUCGUGGUGAGACCAUCAUUUUUGGGUCCCACAGUGAUUUUCUACAGUAACCUAUCCUUCUCCAAGCUUCUCCAUGAAAUGUGGGUCAGUUUGAGUAUAAACAUGACAUAGUUUCAAUUUUUCAUUUUUCACUAUGAAUGAGAGAUCAGUAGAUACAGUAACCCUUACACGCUUCAUUUUGGGUCUCGCAGCGAUUUUCUAGCGUGACCAACAUUUUCCUGAGAUUCCCUACUCAAUUUCGAGCAGUUUGAGUAUAAAUACCAUAUAUUUUGAAACAAUUUGAAAAUUUUCGCGGUGGGACCAUAAAGUCGUGUUGGGACCACCCACUUUAUCUCAAAAUUCACCCUGCGCCUUUAAAAAUACAUUUUUCCGAGCUAAAAUUUCGCGCUGAUUUCGAAAAUCGAGGUCUCAGCUCAUGAAAAUCACCAGGAAAAAUUUUGUGCCCCCCCCCCCCUGAUUCCUAAAGCGGGGGGGUCACCAAAAAUCUCAAAAUUCACCCUGCGCCCUUAAAAAUACAUUUUUCCGAGCUAAAAUUUCGCGCUGAUUUCAAAAAUCGAGGUCUCAGCUCAUGAAAACCUCAUCCACUCCCAAAAUACACGGUGUUUGGUGUCAAAAUGAUGUGCCUUUAAAAACAAACUCAAAUCUGUUGGUUUCAGAGUCGCCGCGAUAUGAUAUCCCGCCAUAUGCGAACUCAUUCCGACACCCAACUCGACGUCUCCACACCAAUCUCUCAAUUAUCGAUUCGAAGUGCCACCACGUCACCAUUGCCACCAAAAAUCGCGUCAACAACAAUCGAGAUUGGAAGCGGCGAGUUGAGCGCCUUUAAACCCAUUAAUCCUAAAUAA